ACAAGAAAAUUGAAAACAAAACAUAAGAAACAAUAAAACAAACUGAAAAAAAUACCGGCUUUUAAAAUAAUUUAAUAAAGACAUAUAUUUUAGACACGAUUUUUAAAAGGCAAAAUAAAUCCAACACAUUUUGCAACAAAUAAACAUCAUGUUUAAAAUUAGAUCUCUGCGGGAAAUACCACAAUCUCCAGCUGAUGUGGGCUGCUUAAUAUUUUUGCUGUCUUUUGUGCCUGCAAGUUUUGUUUUCGAAUUGUGCAUUGUAAUGCCAGCAUUCCAUGAACCGGGCAGUAUAAUGUUUGUAUUGACAUGGCUGGGAGGUAUUUACGUUGUCUACAACAUAAUGGGCAACUAUAUCGCUUGCAUACUAGAGGAUCCCAGUAUAAGAAGUUUAAUGUUAAAACCUCCUUUGGAACAGCAACAGCGCAAACAUUGGCGAUUGUGUACGGUGUGCGAGCUUUUGGCACCACCCCGCUCCUGGCAUUGUGACACUUGUAAGACCUGCAUUUUGAAACGUGACCAUCAUUGUAUUUUCACCGCUAAUUGCGUGGGUCAUCGAAAUCAGCGUUACUUCUUGAUGUUUUUGUUCUACUCCCUCAUAGGCUGUGGCUAUUCGUUUAUCUAUAACAAUUUAUACAUCUGGUGGCUACAUAAUGAUGUCUACUGGAAUUUACGUACUGUCUUUAAACUCGUCUGUCCAUUUUUAGCCGUUUUUGCUGAAUUUUCGUGGCUUAACUUGUAUCUGUUUUUGUAUGAAAUCAAUUUUGUUUUAUUCAUCUACAUCAUUGUACUUCUAUGUUUCCAUUUGCCCAAUAUUUUAAAAGGAGCCACCACAUAUGAACGCAAUUUUACUCAUUACGAUUUGGGUUGGAAGAGAAAUAUUGAAAUGAUUUUGGGCAGACGUUGGUAUCUGGUGUGGUUGUCACCAUUUUUGAAAAGUUCUCUGCCACAUGAUGGCAUACAUUGGGAAAAUAUUUUGAAACAGACGACAAAAAAUCGAUAAGAUUCUUUUGAACGAUUUAGUUUGCGAAAUUAGCAAUAUUUUUAUCAAAGACAUUUCAUUUUAAAAUUAAGUAGUUAUGUAGAACAUAUACAAAUAAAUUUAAUGUUUUUCUAAAGCA